AGUCAUUCAAGGACGAGGAAAAGAUGCAGAAGAGAAGGAGAGAAAGAUGUAAGAUAUGGAUGAAAGGAUGCUGUUUUUUAUCAUCUGAGUUACUUUCCUGCAUCAUCGAGUGAUAAACAACAGCUAAGGAUAAGACUGAAUAUAUUUAUUAUUACUGUGUGAAUAAAGAUUCGUUUUUGCAGUCUCCAAAAUGGAGAAAGAGAUAAAAAAAAAUGUUAUAUCUGAUCGGUGACCCUGAACGUCGACUCUUCAGCCAUGACGACCAAAAAUCACCGAACUUCAGCCAGCCCUUCAGCAACAUUCAGCGGAACUUGUAAUACAUUCAGCUCAAGCAACAUGCGACUUUCCAUAUCUAAAUGGCUUGUCUCACUUCUCUUGGCGCAUUUUAUAUCGGCGACGAUAGCAGGCCAUGGCGACGAUCGUACUCAGGUGUACAAUAUCGGAGCCGUGCUGUCCAUAGGGGACAAAAUUCAAAACUUUCUCCAGGCAAUAGAAGAUGUGAAUGAAGAUAUCAAUGUUCUUCCUCCAAGAGUUAAGCUGGAAGGAGUGUCGUUGCCAAUGGACAGAAAUCCUAUAAGAACGGCUCAGAGUGUUUGUGAGCAUCUAAUAUCAGCUCAAGUAUAUGCAGUUAUUAUCAGCCAUCCUACUGCAGGGGAAUUAUCACCUGCAGCUGUUUCUUACACUUGUGGAUUCUACAACAUUCCAGUAAUAGGUAUCAGUUCCAGGGAUUCGUCUCUCUCCGACAAAAAUUUGCACACGUCAUUUAUGCGAACAAUACCGCCUUAUUCUAACCAAGCUGAUGUAUGGAUUGAGAUUCUCAAGUUUCUUAAUUACAAGUGUGUCACCUUCAUACACAGCUCAGACAACGAUGGCAGAUCCACUCUCGGGCGAUUCCAGAAUUUAGCUGAUUUCUCUGGCAUCAAAGUAGAAGACAUCAUUGAGUAUGAAACAGGAAUUACAGAAAUCAGUCAAAAGCUGGAAGAGGCUAUGGGACGAUAUUGUAGAGUUUUUAUUUUAUACGCGAGUACAGAAGACGCCGAAAGUAUUUUUAAAGAAGUCGAUGCCUUGAAUAUGACAUCACCCGGCUAUGUUUGGAUUGUCUCUGAACAGGCACUUUUAGCUCCAAAUAAACCAGAUGGUGUGAUUGGAUUGAAAUUAGUGAAUUCGACAGAUGAGGAAUCUCAUAUUCGUGAUAGCGUGACUGUAAUUGCAAGAGCAUUCCGCCAUCUUUACUACAAUUCGUCCCAAUCAAUUGAACCUGCCCCCAAGGACUGCAGUACACACGAAAAAGAUUGGGAUACAGGACAAAAGUUUAUCGGAUUUUUGAAAGAAGUAACUAUACAACAUGGGAAGACUGGAAGAGUAGCCUUUGAUGAUAAGGGGGAUAGAGUCGAUAGUAAUUAUGAUAUCAUCAAUAUCGUCAACAGCAAACUAUACACUGUUGGAGAAUAUAUUUACUCUCAUAUAAUUAUGGAAAUGACUUUAACACUAAAUGUUCAAGAUAUUGUCUGGCCUGGUGGUGAAACAAAAAAGCCCCGAGGUUACAUCGUCCCAACACACUUAAAAGUAAGUUCAUUAUUUAGGAAAUUUUACUUUUAUUUUAUUGAUUAAAAGAUACAGUGAAGUUCCUCUCUCAGUUCCCAAAUUUUACCAAUUAUAUUUCUUUUUACAGGUGAUUUAGAUAUGUAUUGUUGUCGAGGCUAUUGCAUGGAUUUACUGAAUGCUUUAGCCAGCGAGUUAAACUUCACGUACAACUUGUAUCAAGUUGAAGAUGGCCUUUACGGAAGUUUCGAUUAUGUAAAUGGUUCUGAGAAAAAGAUAUGGACAGGUAUGGUGGGUGAAUUAGUUUAUGAACGAGCUGAUAUGGUUGUUGCUCCCUUGACCAUAAACCCUGAAAGAUCUCAAGCAAUAGAAUUUUCUAAACCUUUUAAAUACCAAGGAAUCACCAUUUUAGAGAAAAAGCAUCCCAAAAGUUCAACUCUCGCCUCUUUCUUACAACCUUUCCAAAAGACAUUAUGGAUUCUUGUUAUGGUAUCGGUUCACGUCGUCGCUCUGGCUCUUUAUUUACUAGAUCGCUUCAGUCCAUUCGGUCGUUAUAAGCUGCCUAGCAGUGAUGCCACGGAAGAAGAUGCCCUUAAUCUCUCCAGCGCCAUCUGGUUUGCAUGGGGCGUACUACUAAAUAGUGGUAUUGGUGAAGGUACCCCCAGAAGCUUUAGUGCCCGCGUCUUAGGUAUGGUGUGGGCAGGAUUCGCUAUGAUUGUUGUGGCUUCCUACACUGCCAAUUUGGCAGCUUUUCUCGUUUUGGACAGACCAGAAACAUCUCUCACGGGCAUCAACGAUGCUAGGUUGAGAAAUCCAAUGGACAACUUCAAGUAUGCGACUGUUAAGGGCAGUUCCGUUGACAUGUAUUUUCGCAGACAAGUGGAACUUUCUAAUAUGUACAGAACAAUGGAAGGUAAAAAUUACGAUACGGCGGAAGAAGCGAUAGCCGCUGUGAAAUCAGAUGGUUUGAGUGCUUUUAUAUGGGACUCAUCGAGAUUGGAGUAUGAGGCAGCGCAAGACUGUAACUUGGUAACAGCUGGUGAACAGUUUGGACGAUCAGGAUAUGGAAUUGGAUUACAGAAGCACAGUUUAUGGGCCGAUCAAGUCACCCUCGCUCUAUUAGGGAUGCAUGAAAGUGGUUAUAUGGAAGAUUUAGACAACCGAUGGAUUUUACAAGGCAGUGAGACUUGUGAAAAAAACGAAAAAUUUCCCGCAACUUUGGGCUUGAAGAAUAUGGCUGGGGUUUUCAUUUUGGUUGGUGCCGGAAUAGUGGGUGGAAUAGGUCUCAUCAUAAUCGAGAUCAUCUACAAAAAGCAUCAGACAAGGAAGCAGCGAAGAUUAGAACUGGCGCGACACGCCGCGGACAAAUGGAGAGGAGCUGUUGAGAAAUCUCCGUUGAACACCGUUCCCAAAUCUUUAUCACUAUUUUCCAAGAUAACAUCCAAGGAAGAGAAGAAAAAGACCCUAAGAGCCACUCUGCAAGCGCAGAAGCGGAUGAGAGCAAAUGGAAUGGAGGCCUACACCAUCGAACGAGGAAUGCAGGGGCUUUUAAGUCAGACAAGCUCUGGAGUUUCACAUAGGCCACCACUGCCCCCAAGGGGAGGAAUGCGAAUGGCAGAGAUGUCCCAACCCGUGGAACUCGAGCCUAUCCGGGCGCCGGACAUUGACACGGAUAUUCACCAUCUACCUCCACCACCGCCUCCACCGGCCUCGAGUCCAGCUGUCCGAAUGAGAGGAGGAAGAGUGUCUUACACGCCAAGAAAUGAGCAUCUAUUCACCCCCAGCGGCGAUCGUUUCGAUAUACCGGUCUAAAUAAAUCAAUUAUUUGAUAUUUUAGUCAUAGUAUUGCGCAGUGGACCCACGGCGCAGUGAUGAAAACAAAAAAAUGAAGAAAAAAAGAACAAAAAAACAAAUAAUAAUAAUUUCACAUCAUAUACACGCACUUUACUUUAUAUGAAUAAAAAUAACUUAUAUUAGCAAAAAUAAUAUUAGCAUUCAUAUGAUAGAAAAUAUGACUCAUUAAUCAUAAAUAGAAUAUUUUCAUUUCUCAUUUUCUUUUUCUGCCUAUGCGAUAAAAUAUGCACAUGGAUACUGAAAUAAUAGGACUUUUUACACCAUAUAUAAAAACACUUCGUAUAAAUAAAAUAUAAUUAAUAUUAGGGAAAAUCCUAACAUUUACAUGAAAGCACAUUUAUUAUAAGAAGAAAAAGAUUUUUUUUUCAUAGAUGAUAAAAAAUGCACAUGAAAACAAAAAGUAAAGCUAAUAAUAAUGAUUUUUACAUCAUGUACAAGAGCACUCUUUAUAAAUGAUGACAAAAAAGCAUUAAUAAAAAAAAUACUAGUAUACACAUGAUAGAAAAGAUGACUAAUUUAACAAAAAUGCUAGACUUUCCUUAUUUAUGUUGCACGAGUAAUAAUGUAUACACAUCGCUAAAAGUAUACAAAUUUUUAUACAAUAUAUUGUAGAAUUUUCUUAGAUUGUACUUCAUUUUAAUCAUUAAAGCUAAGUUAAGAGGAUUAAGAGUUUUAAUUAUAACUAUAAUAUAAUAUAAUUAACAUUUUUUUAAAAAAGAAG